AUGACACUUGUUCAACUUUCUAAAAAUCCACAAAAAUUAUUAUCUCUUAUUGAAGAGUUGGAUAAAGUUUUGAGUAUUAAUGAGUUACCUACUCAUGAUAAAUUAAAAGAAUUGAAAUAUUUAAAUGCU